AUGGACACUGAGGAGUUGGUUGAAUCCAUUGUCCGAGCGCUCAUGUUCCUGGCGGGGAUCGUCGGGAAUAAUUGGUUGGCCAUCAGUGCCAUCCCUUCCAAAUCUGGCAUCUGCACCAACGACGUGCUCUUCGUCAACCUGGCAGUCUCCAACCUCAUCACCAACUACCUGGUGGACCUCCCCGACACCAUCGCCGACUUCGCCGGCCACUGGUUCAUGGGGGAGACUUUCUGCGGCGUCUUCCGCUUCUGCGCUGACCUGUCGGAGACCAGCAGCAUCUUCACCACCUUCUUCAUUAGCGCCUUUUGGCACCAGAAGUUGGUGGGCUCCCUGAAACGGGGCGGCGCCCCCGUCAAGCUGGACAACGUGGGCCUCGUGCUGGGCCUGCUGGCCGGCAGCUGGGCCACGGCUUUGGCCUUCAGCGUGCCGCACUUUUUCUUCGUGCGCGUGAAGGUGACCAACGAAAGCGAGGAGGACUGCGUGGACGUCUUUCCGGAUGACUUCUCCAGAAAGACGUACGAGGUCUUCUACCUGACGCUGGCUAACGCCCUUCCUCUCGCCGGGUUGCUGUUCGCCAGCGGUCAGAUCGUGGUGACGUUAAUGAAGAACCAGCAGCGGAUCCGGAAUCGAAACGCUGAACUUGACAAGGAUGAAGCUCUUGAAGGAGCCGCCAGGACGGCUUCCAGGCCGAGCGCCACCUUAUCAAACCACGUCUACAUGGGCACGCCCGCCUCAGUUUCCUGUCCAGAUACUCGAAGCGCCUGCGGAGCUCCACCCAAACUGUCCAAGGUGAAUUUGGGGAAGACCAACAGCAGCUCCCAAGUGCGUGCUGCCAAGAGCGUGGUGGCGGUUGCCAGCGUAUUCCUGGUGUGCUGGCUGACUCAUCUGCUGCUCCGCAUCACCAACAACUUUCACACCUCCUUACUGAUGGUGGAGGUGGCCAGCUACAUUGCAGCUUCCUACACCUGCAUCAUCCCCUACAUUUUCCUGCACGGAGUCAAAAAGCUUACAUGCUCAUGCAAAAGAUAGAAAGCGUUGCAUUUUAAAAGCGGCUUUGACCUCGUUUUUGAUCAAUUCCAGUACAUUUGUUAACACAGCAGAGUUAAGUUGCACUUAACUUCAAAGUACAUUUGCAUUCAACCUUUUAGAGGUUUGCUUUUAACUCAUUCAGUACCAGCCAAUUCUAGACCAAGUCUGAAAAGACGUUUAAAAACGUCAUUGGGAGUGAAUGAGUUAAACAUUUGCAAGGUAUAUUUUUUCCCCCCGCAUUUGUGUGCAUGUAGUAUAUACGUUUAUGCUAAAAAUCAUUGGUUUUUUUGGGUGUAAUUUUGUGCGAUGGUUUAUUUGUUCUAAUCAUUAAAAUUGUCAAAUAAAAUCAUGAAAUAUUGAUGUGUACUGAAUC